AUGACGGCCAUCGCGAUUCAGGCUCAGAAGCUACUGGCUCAGAAGAGGCCAACCAAGUCCUUCUUUGAAUCAUGCAUCCGAACCCUGAUCAUUCUGUGUGCUGCCUUUGCUGUGGUCCUGUCUUCCAUCUCUAUAUGCGAUGGCCACUGGCUCCUGGUGAAGAAUCAGCUAUUUGGCCUGUGGCACUUCUGCACCUUCACCAAUAAUAGCGAGCUGAAUUGCUUCACAGACUUGCGCCUUGCCCCCGUGGAUGGACUGGCAGUGGGUAUGGUCCUGGCCCGAAGUAUGGAGGCUCUGGCUGUGGUGGUGGCUAUCUUUGGCCUAGAGCUCCUGAUGGUAUCCCAGGUGUGUGAAGAUGCCCACUCCCGGCGGAAAUGGGCCAUGGGCUCUAUCCUCAUCCUAAUCUCUUUUAGCUUGUCUUCUAUGGGGCUCUUCGGUUUUGUGAUCCUCUUCAAGGACCAGGUCACCUUCACAGGUUUCACAUUGAUGUUCUGGUGUGAAUUCACCUCUUCCUUCCUCUUCUUCCUAAAUGGAAUCAGUGGCCUUCACAUCAACAGCAUCACACACAAGUGGAAUGGACCAAAGGAUUUUUAGAAAGAGAGAUCUCGGUCCUUCCUGAAAAUGAGCUUCUACUUGAGGCCUGAGAGAAACAGACUCUGUAAAGUCACUGAUUUCUUUAAAGUCAUGUACCAUUUCUUUAUGGAGUUUUUUUUAUUAUUUUAAAAAACAAAACAUCUUGUUCUCAUUCAUCCAUCCAGAGGUCUUAAGAAAAAAGGUUGGAGAAAAGGCUCAGAUGCCAGUAAUUUUGCAGAGGAGAAGUGACAUUUAAGUCAAAUAGACUGGGGCUGUGGGAACACUUUAAGAGAAGGAUCUUCAAGUGGUCAAAUAAGGAGCUGUUGACAGUAUUCCAAAGCUUUGUUUCUAGGGUAGAAAAUGCCCUUUGAAAGGUGGUAUGUUGGCCAUGACCUGUGGGGUAUGCAGUCACGGAAACCCUGGGUGACAGCUCAAUAGCAGAUUACAAAGGAGGGAGAGUCCAUCUAGAUGCAAGAGGUGGGGAACCCAAGGAAACUGAUUCCUUUAUCAAAUGUAUUUUUUUUUAAUUAAAGAAUUUUAAGGUAACUUUCUCUGCCUAUCCUCAACAGCAUUUAAAUAGUGUUGAAUCCAUGUGGGGUUCCUAAUGGGAAAUUCACACUUAAAUUUUUCUGUAUUAACAGUGUAUUAACAUAUCCACUGAGUUGCUAAAAAAAUAACUUAAGCUUAGAUUAUUCUUGAAGAAUUCCUCCCCCCUCAGCUCAGCCUUUCAAGGAUUCAUCCCUGACCUCAAAAAGCUUUCUCCAGUUGGCUUUGUCCUAUUAAAAGAGGACAACAUAGACCGGAGGAGUUUCUAAGGACUGCUGCUGCUUAAUCUGGUUUGGUUGCAACUAUACCCUAUCUUCUCCUUCCCCCUGUUCUAUCUCCUCCCCUCUUAUCCUUCUCCAUCUCCUUUCCUAUCCCUCUCCCUUUUUUCCUCCCCAUAAUUCAGACCUAAAAUCAAGUUUUGUCCUGAAAUAUUCAGAAAAAUGGAAGUAAAAGUUCUUUGCUUAAAUUUUCAGUAUUCUUGCCCACUCUCCUGACCCAUUCCCAUUUAUAAGAUAAAACUCCACUCU